AUGUCCUCCUCCGCCGCCGGGCUGCUGGCGGCUCUCCUGCUGCUCCUCCCCCGCCUCCGCGGCUCCUCUCCGGGCCCGGACGUCCCCAGCAUCGCCGGGUACUUCGGCACGAAGACCCGGUACGAGGAGGUGAACCGGCAGCUGCUCCGGGACCCGCUGACCGUCAACCGCUCGGUGCUCAGACCGCCGCCCACCGAGCGCUGCUCCCCGGUUCACCUCACCGCCCUCAUCAGGCACGGCAGCCGGUACCCGACCGCCAAGAACAUCCGCAGGAUCCACAAACUGAGCGAGCUGGUCCGGAGGGAGGCCACCGGGGGGACCGGGGGGACCGGCGGCUGGCUGCAGGACAUCCAGAGCCGCUGGGAAAUGUGGUACACCGAGGACAUGGACG